GCUUAUCACAUCUCACUCUUCAGGGUCACAUCUGGGUGCUUUUUUGGGAAGAAAUGGCGAAGACCUACGAUUAUUUGUUCAAGCUACUGCUCAUUGGCGACAGCGGGGUAGGAAAGACUUGCGUGCUGUUCCGGUUCUCAGACGACUCUUUCAAUAACUCGUUCAUAUCAACGAUUGGUAUCGAUUUCAAGAUAAGAACAAUCGAUCUCGAUGGAAAGAAAAUCAAGCUACAAAUUUGGGAUACUGCUGGUCAGGAACGAUUCAGAACAAUAACCACGGCUUAUUAUCGUGGUGCCAUGGGCAUCAUGUUAGUCUACGAUAUAACCAACGAGAAGUCAUUUGAUAACAUCAAAAAUUGGAUCCGAAACAUUGAAGAGCAUGCAUCUCAGGAUGUUGAGCGGAUGAUCAUUGGCAACAAAUGUGACGCAGAGGACAAACGACAGGUUUCACGAGAGAGGGGUCAACAACUUGCUAUCGAAUAUGGCACAAAAUUCAUGGAAACCUCAGCGAAGGCUAAUCUUAAUGUGGAGGAAGCAUUUUUCAGCUUGGCAAGGGACAUUAAGGUUAAAAUGGAACGAGGGCAGGCCAACGCUGUCUCUCAGUCGGGUCGUGUCAACAUUGGCGGCCAAAACCAGCCAAAAAAGAGUUUUUUCAGCGGAUGGAGCUGCACAGUCCUCUGAACGUCUGUCUUUCCUUGUUUGUUUGUCUGUUUUCACCCCUCCAAAGCGUGUCCAGAGUUUUUAUAUAAUGAGGAAAGCCGGUUGAUGUAUAUUGAAAUUCUCGCAAUGGGUCAAGCAUACAAUUAGCUGUUUUUGCUCUAUUUUAUGAUCAGAGUGAGAAUCCCGGUUAAGCCAUCGGACAAAUCUGUAUGUAUGUACCGUUUGAUUUGAACCCUACAGGACUGCGUUAUCCCCAAACUCUCAAUUUGCUAUUCGAGCAGUUCUUUUCUUUCUCAAUAUUUGAGUUGUUAUUAGCGCCAUUUUCGAUAUGAAGUCCAAUAUGGCAUAUUCCUCUUGUAUUAUUGUGACUCCAUGCGAGUGUCUGCAAGUGCUAUCCGGCCUUUGCUCAUCUAGGAAUGAAUUCUUUUCCUAGACGAGUUUAUACAAUCGCCUUCUGCUUAGCUUGUUGAUAUAUAAAUUAUCUCUCCAUCAGACUAGUUGUACUUGUUUCUCAGUUGAUUUGAUGUGAAUAAACAUUUGAUGCAUCUUAGACUAUUCCUUCCUC